AUGACACAUGAGGACCACUUAAGAGGACCUAAAUUCCGGAAAAAAACCCUAGCUGGAGUUCGGAAGAUUCGACUAGCCACAGUUUUUUUUUUGAAAACAGACUCUCAAAUGAUGAUGGCUCCAGCAACAAAACCUCAGGAAAUGCUGAAAGUUGUUAAGCAAGAGCAUGACGGGGAACAAAAUAGCUCAUGCCGAAGAAGUCCACUGCGAUCUGAAUUCCGACUCGGGUCAUCCGAAUCAGAAAAGCCGGCAACGAAGGCUCCAAAAUCAUUCCCGAUCGAUAAUGUCAAGGAAGAGCCAAUCGAUAAUUAUUCAAAUGAAAAUCAAGCGAUUUCAACCACCAAAAUCGCUCCGGAAACUUCGAAAUCGACCGAACCAAUGAUCAUCGAUUCGAAUAUCGUUCGCUCCGAACUUCACAACGUCGUCAUUUCCAAUUGCAGAAUCGAAAAUUCACAAAUUGCCGAUUCCAAGAUUUUCGGGAAACUCAAAUUCUGA